GUUAACAACCCUGAAGUGGAGCUAAUGGACAAAUCACUCUCUCGGUCCUGACGGCUGCAAAGCAGAGCAGCGCACGUUAACACAUACAAAGCACAUACGCAGAGUUCACCGAGGGGGCUCUGUUGCCAGCUCCCCAGAGCCAGCUGUGGGCUGAGAGACUCAGAGUUUCAUGACUCAGCUCUCUCUCUCUCUCUCUCUGUCUCUCUCUCUGGACUUUCAGCAACAACAUUUGGCUCGGCUGCUGGGAAACUGGACUGUCUGUCCGUCUCAGACGCAUUCCACACUGUGUGGGUUUACGGAGCUGCUACGAGUGUCCUGCGCACUGCCAUGCGCCGGAGUGGACUUCUCUGCCCGCGGCUCUGUCUGGCCGCUCUGUUGGUGUGGGCGAGGUGCGGGGCAGGAGGCGGAGAGGAGCGCCACCAGCCGAGUCUGACCACGGGCACAGGUGACGGGAGGGGCUACAGCUCCACGCCGCUCGCCCAGUGCACUUACACCUUCAUCCUGCCCGAGAUGGCAGGGGCCACCCAGUCCAGAUGCCCCGAUCAGGGGCCGCAAGAGCUGGGCAGCAGCAACAGCCUUCUGGGAGACGCUCUGCAGGGAGCGCAAGUCCCUGUGGGCCAGCGAAUUCAGCACCUGGAGCUGGCCAUGGAGAACUACACGCACUGGAUCCAGCUGAUUGAGGGGUCAGUGAGAAAUAAUGCUAAUGUCGAGGCAAGGAGAUUGGAGCACAGCACAGUCAAUGAGGACACUGCUGCCAUUUUGGAUCUCAGCACCAACUUGCUCUAUCAGACAGCCAAACACACACGAAAACUAAUGGAAGUUGAGACACAGGUUCUGGAUCAGACCUCCAAGCUAGAGAUUCAGCUGCUGGAGAACUCUUUGACAAAAAACAAAUUGGAGACCCAGCUGUUACAGCAAACCAAUGAAAUCACUAAGUUGAUUGAUCAAAAUGGUGUUGUAGAGCGCCGCUUGCGUGACAUGGAGUCACAGCAUCAGCAGCAGCUGCAGGCCUUGAGAGAGGAGCGCUCGGGUCUGCAGAGGGUGGUGCUUCAGCAGAGCCAGCUGACAGAAGAGCUGCAGAGCCACGUGCGCCUGGUCACCAGCAACAACAGCCUACUGCAGAGCCAGCAGCAGCAGCUCAGGGAGGCCAUCAGACGCCUGCUGGAGGUCUGCUCCAAAGACAAAGUAGAGGCCUCCAACAGCCUACAGCAGGCUGAUGAACAGAGGACAUUUCGAGACUGUGCUGAUCUUUUCCAUUCUGGUUUCAACAAGAGUGGAGUCUACACCAUUCAUCUGACAAUUCAGUACACUGCAAAGGUUUACUGUGACAUGGACACAGCAGGAGGAGGGUGGACCAUGAUCCAAAGGAGACAAGAUGGCACCACAGACUUCCACAGGAGCUGGAAGGAAUAUAAGAUGGGCUUUGGCACUGUCUCUGGAGAGCACUGGCUGGGGAAUGAGCUUGUGUUCCUGUUGACCAGUCAGGGCCAGUACUCCUUGAGGGUCGAGCUCACAGACUGGAAUGACCAGCAAGCAUUCUCUCAGUAUGAACAGUUCCACAUCUCUAAUGAAAAACAAAAGUACAGGCUAUCUGUGAAGGGCUACAGUGGGACUGCUGGCAGACUCAGCAGCUUGGUCUCUCGCGGAGCUGACUUCAGCACAAAAGAUGUGGACAAUGAUAACUGCAUUUGCCAGUGUGCACCGCUGCUCACUGGAGGCUGGUGGUUUGAUGCUUGUGGCGCCUCCAAUCUCAACGGUGUCUACUACAGACAAGGCCAACACAUGGGCAAACUCAAUGGCAUCAAAUGGCACUAUUUUAAGGGCCCUAGUUACUCUCUUCACAAGACCACCAUGAUGAUCCGUCCGUUGGACUUUGGAGACAGUGUCAGAGGACUCAAAAUAGGUCAUGAUGCAUCUGAAUAAGGAACUUGACAGUGACGAGAAUAUGACAGACUGGAAUUGAUUUCCUUACCACAUAUCACUCAUCACACAUCAACCAGUUUGGUUUGACUGGCAUAGGCUUGCAUUAACAGUGUUGCAUCACAUUUGACCUGUUGUCCCCUCUAAUGUUGCAUGCAAAUUUAAACAUUGUAACCCUAAAGCAAGUUCGCUACAAAAUCAAUUACAUAUUACAUAUUAAGUUACAUAUUACAUAGUGUCCAACUAAUAAAUAGGAGUUGCAGCAUAUCUUCAAUAUCAAAACAAUAUGAAAGUUUAUGGUAGAUUAAUGUCCAGCUUCUUUUUCUCUACCCUCGGUCCAAAACCUUUGCUUCAACAAGGUCUCAAGGACAAGAUCUGUUCUACUGUGCUUCAGCCCAGGAACAUCCUGCCACCAGCUGAUUGACUGCACUGCACAUGAACUUUAAAUAGGAAUAUUUCUGACAUUUGCCUACUAUUAUUUAGACCUGGGUGAACCCAGACAAACCUGUUAGCACAUUUAUAUUUGCUCUGCAGGUUUGUCUGGAAAGGAUCCCAUUGAUGGCCAUUUCUGAUCACUAAUCCAGCAUGGGGUGGGCUUUAAAUGAUGAUAGAUAGAGCAGCAACUGUCAUUAUUAAUGAUUAGUUCAUGAUACAUGAUGUCUGGUGAUGCGCUGAUGAUAUACUGUUCAGCUGUGCGCAUACAGAACAUAGAGUAUGCAUUGUGUACAUCAUCCUUAUUCCCAUCCUGUCAUUGCUUUUUUCUCAUCACCUGACUAUUUGCAAAUGACUAAUUUUCUCAUCUGAAACUAACCGUCAUCCACAUACAAGCACAACAGCUACACAAACUUGUCCAACCACACACAUGCUCAACAACUUUUGCAUGCUGUCAGAGUCAUGACCAAUGGAGAUGUACAGUAUGUGUCUGCUUACAUGGUAGAAGGCUGGCUUCUAUCUCACAGUACUAACAUUUAAAAAUGCUCUUUAACACUAUACUGCACAGCAAUGAAAUGCACCGUAUUGGUGAGGGGAUUUAUUAGUCCUGAUUGCUUUUGAAGCAGAAUGUGUACUUUUGCUGCCAUCUUCUCUCCCUUCUUUGAGGACAUACUUCCAUUUACUGUAUGACGCAUUUCUGACUGAUGCUGUCUGAAGGUCUAGUCUUAGCACUCUAUUGGUGCUCAGAUCUCACCUAUGACACAGAAUGAAGGCAGCGCUGCUGGUAUGGGGGAUGAAGGUUCAUGGAACAGAAGCACAGCUGCCCAUGGCCUCAGCAACACAGAGGGCAGCUGGUCCACACAUUGUUCACAUUAUUGAACCUGGGGACCUCACGCCAAUUGUGUAUAUUGUCAACUAACUGCUCAUCUGACACAAGUGGGUUAAAUGGAGUUCAAAUGAUUGCACUGAUUGGCUAUCUCUUACUGUAUGAGACAUUUGAUUUGACCCUACUUGGCACUCCUUCUUUCUUUCUUUUUUGGGAGGGUUGAAUUUGGGGUGAGGGGUGAGUUUGUUUGGUCUUUGCCUAUAUUACAGGGGACAUCUGCAGUGGAAGUGAAGUCAUGAAGAGGAUUGUAUGGGCUAAAAUAAAUGAGAGAAAUACAUAUUUGAUACCUUUGCACUGACUGAGUUCAAUACAGUGUGUCAAAUGUAAAUGUAUGUUAUCUUCCUGACCACUCAAUGAGGGGAAAACAGUGCAUAAAAAUGUGCGCCAGUUUGGAGCGAGAACAAUAUGAAUUUUCCAAUAUUUUUUUUAAUAAAUAUCUUAUAUUACAUUUUUGGUCAUUUGCUUGUCAGCAUGUUGAGAGGGUGGAGCUGACAGAUGGAAGUCAAUGAGGGUGUGUGUGUGAUAAU